GUUUUCCAAGAUGGUGGAAGAGUUGUAGGAACAAUAUGGCGUGAAUAAUUUGACUUGUAGAGAUCGAACUUUGGGAGAAUUUAAGCGUCCAAUAUGCCGACCGGAAAGUUUCCAUUUCGCCGCACCUUCGAAUUCCUCAACUCGGGAAAGUUAAUAUUAAAAUCGGAUGUGAAGAACGUGCUAUUAAAUUACACUACCAAACAAGAGAGUCUUGGCCUCAGAAAUUUCAUUUACAAAGAUGUUCCUCAAAUUCAGUACAAGAAUCGUACUGUCCAGAUUACGACGACGAGAAACAGAUUAACCUAUCCAGUGGUGCAUGUAUUUUUUGGUAGGUAUUGAAAACUGUAUGACAUUAUUUUAUCACUGUUACAUAAGCAACUGCGACAGGAAUUUACUGUAACCCAGUUACUCCUAAGGUCUAAUUUUUUUGUUUUUUAAAUUUUUUCCUCUAGCUGCUACUCAUUUCCUUGUAAAUUAUGUGUGAGAAUUUGUUGUGAGGUCAAGAGAACAACUUCUGCCUUAAAGGGUUGAAUGUUUUCAUUAAAUGUUUGCUGGAUGAUGUAUGGACAUGAUAGCUAGGGAGAAGUUAUACGUUCAUCACUUCAGGGGGUUCAAAGGCUAAUAGUGACAGAAUUACUACUCAUAGAGGUCAAAGCAUAUAUGAUAUAUGUAUACAUUCUGGGAGCCCAAUUUCAAGCCUACAGGGUAUAGGAUUUUGCUCAAAAGUGAUAUUAAGGCUGGCUUGCUAAUGUUUACCCAUUAAAGUUUGUAACAUUGAGGUGGACGGGAUAAACAUGUGUCACAGAUGAACUGUCCUUUCACCUUAAAAACCUGAUGAGGGGUGUGGGGCUGUCAAGUUCUUUGCCUGCUUAACUCAAGAGGGUGGGGGAAGGGGAUCAGUAGUGUAGCUUUUUACUCUAAAAUAUGUACGUAUUGCUUAUUUUCUUCAGGUAAUGGGAAAAAGGUGGCAAUGGAUGUGGAAAGUAAAACUGGGCCUGAGAUUUUGGAGAUGUUUGGUAAAGUGGCUGGAGCUACAGAAAUGUAAGUAAUGAUACUAACAUUCAUUUCAUUUAUCUUGAAAAAUGGACAUUUCUUAUUUGAACCUAAGGAGAUUUCAGCUCAAAACAAAGCAUGUGAAUUUAAGGCAUUUGAUUAUUUUUGUUAUAACGUAGGGAGCAAAAAGACAGUGUAAAAGAAAAAUAUCCAGGCCGAUUGAACCCUGCAAACUUUGGCCGGUUUGGGCAAUGUUACUGUAUCUGUCAGAAGCCAGGACAAAGGCCAUGCACAGCUAUUGUUCCACAUCCUGAGGCAAAGAAGCCAAAAUUCUGGCAACUCAAAGCAGAUGCUUCUGCAGGAUAA